AAUAUACAGAGAACAAGGCGCGCCAUUUUGUCCUCCCUGACCGGUUUCAUUCGACGUCAUAUUGUUAUUGUUUUUUCUCGGUCGGCCAUGAGUCAUUGAAGUUCCAAAAAACGAAGACAUUGUUCAGUACAUUUCAAGAAACGACACUUCAUCACAUGGUGAAGCUGCUAAAACAACUUCCAAUUGUGCUCAACUCCCGAUUAGUGAAUAACUUCAACUCGCUACUUUGAUGAGUUCCAACACAGCUUCCGACGAGGAACUAAAAAUGACGACGCCAACGCGUCUGAAAAAAACAACAAUGAAAAUUGAUGUCCAUUGUCAUAUUCUGCCGGAGAGAUGGCCCGAUCUCAAAGAGAGAUACGGAUAUGGUGGAUGGAUACAGAUGUACCCUCACUGCGAGGGGAAAUCUCGCAUGAUGAGAGAUGGUAAAUUAUUCCGAAUUAUUGAACAUAAUUGCUACAAUCCAGAAGAGAGGCUUCGUGAAAUGGAUGAAACAGGUGUAACAGUACAAGCAUUGUCCACAGUACCAGUCAUGUUCAGCUACUGGGCUAAGCCAGAAGACACUCUAGAUCUUUGUCGAAUUCUCAAUGAUGAUCUCGCUAAGACGAUCAAAAAAUAUCCCACAAGAUUUGUCGGAUUGGGAACGCUGCCGAUGCAGGCACCAGAAUUAGCCGUGGAAGAGUUGAAGAGAUGUCGACAGGAGCUUGGCUUUCCUGGAGUACAGAUCGGCUCACAUAUCAAUGACUGGAAUUUGGAUGCACCAGAACUGCAACAAGUCUUUGCUGCAGCUGAAGAGUACGACUGUGCUGUGUUUGUCCACCCCUGGGAUAUGGAGCUUGGUGGCCGGAUGGCUAAAUAUUGGUUGCCAUGGUUGGUUGGGAUGCCUGGUGAGACGGCAACGGCGGUUUGCUCGAUGAUCUUCGGUGGCGUCUUGGAAAGAUUCCCAAAACUAAAAGUCUGCUUUGCACAUGGAGGUGGAGCUUUUCCCUUCACCAUCGGUCGCAUCGAGCAUGGCUUCAAUGUCAGACCUGAUCUCUGUGCUGUUCAGAAUGAUGUGAAUCCUAGGAAGUAUAUCGGCAGAAUCUACACAGACUCGUUGGUUCAUGACGAGAAAGCGCUCAAGUUUCUUGUGUCAACUAUUGGUGAGAACCGAGUGAUGCUUGGGAGUGAUUACCCAUUUCCUCUUGGUGAACAUCAUCCUGGGAAACUCAUUGACUCCGUUGAGGAUUUCACACCAGAUCUUAAGGAUGCCCUUCUAGCAGGAAAUGCUCUUGAGUUUCUUGGUCUUGAACGAGGCCAGUUUGAGCCAGCUUGUUCAUCGUCAUCCUCCUCCACGUCACCAUUGAACACAAGUAACAAUCACUCUAACCCAGAGACAGACGAAGGCCCCUCAACCAAGAAGCAAAAACUUCAAGUUUAAGGUGGUGAAAGAUUCACUUUAGAGCGACAGGAAGAGGGUGAUGUUUUCUUGUCAAGGAAAAUUUGAACAAAUUUGAGACAGUGCGAUGAGUGUUCGUCACCCGAGUUUCUUUUUCACAGAAAUCAGCAAAAGUACCAAGUAUACAGUGCUUACACACAUUUGUGUAAGGGGAAAACCAAAUAGUAUUCUUUUUCAAGUUCUUUUUCAAAUUUAUACGAUAUUUAUCAACCGCUUGGUUCAUUCAUUUCUUGAGGUUAUGGUCUGGAAUAAAGGUCACACUUCGAGAUUCCAAAUGCGGCUGUUAAUUUUACAGGAAGUUCCAAAGAGUUUAUACAAAUCUUGUCUUCUUUACAGAAAUUUUGAAGUCUGUUUUAAGCUCUGGUGUCAAAACUCUCACAAUUUUUGACAAAAUAGUUUUUUUUUAAGGUAAGCAGAAAAGUUGUAAGCUACACCACCUUAUUGUUACUAAAACGACAAAAUGUUUAGUUGACAAGAGUUCGCUUCAGUCAUAAGUCAAUCUUCCUAAAGGAAAGAUUUGUCACAGCUAUAUAACCCUUUGUUGUGCCAGUGCAAAAACAUAUCAGGAUUUUGCAAAAUGUUGUAUCUCACAUGUAGGCCUAAAUGCUCCGUUCAAAAAUGUCCUAUCUUGUUGCAUAUAUUUGUGCGAACAUGCGGGCUUUAUUAGCGAGAUACAACGUUUUGACAAUUUCAAACAAACUUGUGCGUGAUCAAAGUACAAUUUUAGACAUUUGGGCACUAGCACAACGAUUUCAUGUUGGGAAUGUUAUUUUUGAAAGGGCACUGCUUCAGAGGUUAUGGCCUAAUAUUUGCCCUUUAAUGUUAAAAUUGAAGCUUAUUAAUUUGUUUUGUUGAGACGAGGUGCCGUUUUAAGGACUCUAUUUUUAGGUUUCAUGUGAGGUAUGUUUUUGAAAUCAUUUUAAAUGUUUAUUGGGCAUUUAGAUUCUUUAUCUUCAGCCAGUGAAAUAUUGUUUGACCUGAAGAUGUAUUUCUUUAAUAUUAAAGGGACACGUUGCCUUGGAUCAGGCGAGUUGGUCUAUGAAAAGCGUUUGAAACCAUUUGUU